GCUCGGCGCCCCCAGACAGUGGCAAACUUCGCGGCAUCCCCGGAGCUCGCUCGGGCGAGACAGCUAUUUCACCAAUAAAAUCAAGUCCAAUUCCCCCUUCCCUGCCCGAACGAUGGAAGCUGCGGCCGCCCGAGUGCCCCCGCUGCCGGCGGCCCCUGCCCGCUAGCCCGGGACCAACAGCCUACAGCGCCACAACGAGCGAGCGAGCGAGGAGGGGGGAGAGGGAGUCUGUCUGCAAAGUGCUGCUCCCUGGUGCUCAGAGGCGGCUGCUCCAGCUCCAACUCUCAUUCAUUUCGCCGGUUAACAUGAGAGAUCAUGGCCGCCUUCGGGCUUCUCAGCUAUGAGCAGAGACCGCUGAAGCGCCCCCGGCUCGGGCCGCCCGACGUUUACCCGCAGGACCCCAAGCAGAAGGAGGAUGAACUUACUGCUGUGAAUGUAAAGCAAGGCUUCAACAAUCAGCCAGCCUUCACUGGAGAUGAACAUGGCUCUGCCAGAAAUAUUGUAAUUAACCCAUCAAAGAUUGGAGCUUAUUUUAGCAGCAUAUUAGCUGAAAAACUAAAGCUUAACACUUUCCAGGAUACCGGAAAGAAGAAACCCCAAGUUAAUGCUAAAGAUAAUUAUUGGCUGGUUACUGCUCGAUCUCAGAGUGCAAUUCAUAGUUGGUUCUCUGACUUAGCAGGAAAUAAACCGCUUGCUAUUUUGGCAAAAAAGGAGCUGCCUCUGGCCAAGUCAGGUGUUCCUCAGGUUCCUAUCCUUAGUAAAAAGGAAGAUGUUUUUGCAUAUUUAGCUAAAUACUCUGUGCCAAUGGUUCGAGCAACGUGGCUGAUCAAGAUGACUUGUGCCUAUUAUUCUGCUAUUUCAGAAGCUAAAAUUAAGAAACGUCAGCCUACCGAUCCCAAUUUGGAGUGGACACAAAUAUCUACCAGAUAUCUUCGAGAGCAGUUGGCCAAGAUUUCUGACUUUUACCACAUGGCCUCCAGCACGAGUGAUGGCCCUAUCCCUGUACCACCUGACGUAGAGCAAGCCAUGAAGCAAUGGGAGUAUAAUGAGAAGCUGGCAUUUCACAUGUUUCAGGAAGGGAUGCUAGAGAAGCAUGAAUAUUUGACAUGGAUCCUGGAUGUUUUAGAAAAGAUCAGACCAAUGGAUGAUGAUCUUCUUAAACUUUUGUUACCACUAAUGCUGCAGUAUUCAGAUGAGUUUGUUCAGUCGGCCUACCUGUCUCGUCGUCUUGCCUACUUUUGUGCCCGGCGUCUUUCCCUGUUGCUGAGCGAUAGCCCCAACCUCCUCGCUGCCCACUCACCCCACAUGAUGAUAGGACCAAACAACUCGAGCAUUGGGGCCCCCAGCCCUGGUCCCCCAGGCCCUGGCAUGAGCCCCAUGCAGCUGGCCUUCUCAGAUUUCCUUUCCUGUGCACAGCACGGUCCCCUGGUUUACGGACUUAGUUGUAUGUUGCAGACUGUCACUCUCUGUUGCCCAAGUGCCUUGGUGUGGAAUUAUUCCACAAAUGAAAACAAGAGUGCAAAUCCAGGCUCACCCCUGGAUCUGCUGCAGAUGGCCCCUUCCAGCCUCCCCAUGCCUGGUGGUAACACAGCUUUCAAUCAGCAGGUUCGGGCAAGGAUUUAUGAGGUAGAACAGCAGAUAAAACAAAGAGGCCGUGCAGUGGAAGUUCGAUGGUCUUUUGACAAGUGCCAAGAGUCGACAGCAGGGGUGACUAUUAGUCGGGUUUUACACACGUUGGAAGUCUUGGAUCGUCACUGUUUUGACCGAACUGAUUCCAGCAAUUCAAUGGAGACACUUUAUCAUAAGAUUUUCUGGGCAAACCAAAACAAAGAUAACCAAGAGGUUGCCCCCAACGAUGAAGCUGUGGUGAUGCUGUUGUGUGAGUGGGCUGUGAGCUGCAAACGGUCAGGCAAGCACAGGGCCAUGGCGGUGGCCAAACUCUUGGAGAAGAGGCAAGCAGAAAUCGAGGCAGAGAGAUGUGGUGAAUCAGAGGUCCUAGAUGAAAAGGAGUCUAUUUCUUCAGCCUCUCUUGCUGGAUCCGGUUUGCCUAUUUUCCAGAAUGUUCUGCUAAGGUUUUUAGAUACACAGGCUCCCUCAUUGUCGGAUCCAAACAGUGAGUGUGAAAAGGUGGAAUUUGUGAACCUGGUGCUGCUCUUCUGUGAGUUCAUCCGCCAUGAUGUCUUCUCUCAUGAUGCCUACAUGUGCACACUCAUAUCUCGAGGAGACUUGUCAGUCACUGCCUCUACUGGGCCACGGUCACCAGCAGGGGAAAAUGCAGAUGAACAUUAUUCAAAGGAUCACAAUAUAAAAAUGGAGGAACAGAGUAUUAUGGCGCAUAUGGGCAUUGACUCAGGAACCCCUAACAUUUUUGAUGAAGUAGACAAGAGUGACUUUAAAACUGACUUUGGUUCGGAGUUUCCAAUUUUUUCUCCCAUGCUUGGAGAGUCCUGUGAGAAUGCCAACCCCUCUUUGGGCAGAAGAAUGUCCAUUAACGGUGAGAAAUUGGCAAAGAGGGAAAAACCCAGAGAAUUAAUUUUUCCAUCUAAUUAUGACCUCCUCCGUCACCUGCAGUAUGCAACACAUUUUCCUAUACCUCUGGAUGAAUCUUCAAGUCAUGAAUGUAACCAGCGCACAAUCCUUCUCUAUGGAGUUGGCAAAGAGCGUGACGAAGCCAGGCAUCAGCUGAAGAAGAUUACCAAAGAUAUCUUGAAAAUCCUAAAUAAGAAGAGCACCACAGAGACAGGGGCUGGGGACGAAGGGCCAAAAGCCAGGAAGAACAAACAAGAAUCAUUUCCAACCCUCGAGACUGUCUUCACAAAACUCCAACUCCUUUCUUACUUUGAUCAGCAUCAAGUGACAUCUCAGAUCUCUAACAAUGUGCUGGAACAAAUCACAAGCUUUGCUUCAGGCACAUCCUAUCAUCUCCCCUUGGCCCACCAUAUUCAGCUCAUCUUUGAUCUCAUGGAACCAGCACUGAAUAUCAAUGGACUAAUUGACUUUGCAAUACAGUUACUGAAUGAAUUGAGUGUUGUGGAAGCUGAACUGCUCCUAAAAUCCUCCAGCUUGGCAGGAAGUUACACAACAGGACUGUGUGUCUGCAUUGUGGCUGUUCUCAGGCAGUAUCACAGUUGUCUGAUCCUCAAUCCUGAUCAGACAGCCCAGGUGUUUGAAGGGUUAUGUGGUGUGGUAAAGCAUGUUGUAAACCCCUCAGAAUGCUCUUCCCCUGAAAGAUGCAUCUUAGCCUACCUCUAUGAUCUUUAUGUAUCAUGUAGCCACCUCAGAAGUAAAUUUGGAGACCUCUUCAGUAGUGCCUGUUCAAAAGUAAAACAAACCAUAUACAAUAAUGUGAUGCCUGCAAAUUCCAACCUGCGAUGGGAUCCAGACUUCAUGAUGGAUUUUAUUGAGAAUCCCUCAGCCCGAAGCAUCAACUACUCAAUGCUGGGCAAAAUCCUUAGUGACAAUGCUGCCAAUCGCUACAGCUUUGUCUGCAAUACCCUCAUGAAUGUAUGUAUGGGCCAUCAGGAUGCUGGAAGGAUUAACGACAUAGCCAAUUUCUCCUCUGAGCUGACUGCUUGCUGUACAGUUCUUAGUUCAGAGUGGCUGGGGGUGCUGAAGGCUCUUUGUUGUUCUUCAAAUCACGUGUGGGGGUUUAAUGAUGUACUUUGCACUGUAGAUGUGAGUGACCUUUCAUUCCAUGAUUCAUUAGCUACUUUCAUUGCUAUUCUGAUAGCACGACAGUGUUUCUCCCUGGAGGACGUCGUGCAGCACGUCGCACUUCCCUCUCUCCUAGCGGCAGCUUGUGGAGAUGCAGACGCAGAGCCGGGGGCAAGAAUGACAUGCAGACUCCUGCUUCAUCUCUUCCGAGCUCCGCAGGCCUGCUUCUUACCUCAAGCAGGUGGCAAACCUUUCCCUGGAAUAAGAUCAUCUUGUGAUAGACACCUCUUAGCCGCUGCUCACAACAGCAUUGAAGUGGGAGCUGUUUUUGCUGUCUUAAAAGCAAUUAUGAUGCUUGGAGAUGCCAAAAUUGGCAGUAACAAUGUCAGCUCUUUAAAGAAUGAUGACUUUGCCAUGAGAAGUUUACGGCGUGAUGGGAAUGCUGACGAUAUCUGGACCACCUCUCAAAAUGCAAAAUCCUGCGGGAAAAUCAUUUCCAUAGAGACUGCCAAUUUAAGAGAAUAUGCUAGAUAUGUCCUGAGGACUAUCUGUCAACAGGAAUGGGUAGGAGAACAUUGCUUAAAGGAACCUGAAAGAUUAUGUACAGACAAAGAGCUUAUACUGGACCCUGUGCUUUCCAAUAUGCAAGCGCAGAAAUUGUUGCAGCUUAUCUGUUAUCCUCAUGGCAUUAAAGAGUGUACUGACGGAGACAACUUGCAAAGACAGCACAUUAAGCGCAUUCUUCAGAAUCUUGAGCAGUGGACAUUGAGACAGUCCUGGCUUGAGCUUCAGUUAAUGAUCAAACAGUGCUUAAAGGACCCAGGCUCUGGUUCUGUGACUGAAAUGAACAACUUACUGGACAAUAUUGCUAAGGCAACAAUAGAGGUAUUCCAGCAGUCUGCAGACCUAAAUAAUAACUCUUCUAAUUCUGGCAUGAGUCUCUUCAACCCAAAUGGUAUUGGAAGUGCUGAUACAAGUAGCACAAGACAGAAUGGAAUAAAGACAUUUCUAAGUUCCUCUGAACGCAGGGGCGUGUGGUUGGUGGCCCCCCUCAUCGCCAGGCUGCCAACCUCUGUGCAGGGACGAGUGCUGAAAGCUGCUGGGGAAGAGCUGGAGAAGGGACAGCACUUAGGCUCGUCUUCAAAAAAGGAGCGAGACAGACAGAAACAGAAGAGUAUGUCUCUUUUGAGUCAACAGCCUUUCCUGUCACUGGUCCUCACCUGCCUUAAGGGACAAGAUGAACAACGGGAAGGCCUCCUGACAUCUCUCCAGAAUCAAGUUAACCAGAUUUUAAGUAAUUGGAGAGAAGAACGAUACCAGGAUGACAUAAAGGCACGACAGAUGAUGCAUGAAGCAUUGCAACUUCGCCUAAAUUUGGUAGGAGGAAUGUUUGACACAGUACAGAGGAGCACCCAAUGGACCACAGACUGGGCCCUCCUACUCCUUCAGAUAAUUACUUCAGGAACUGUUGACAUGCACACUAACAAUGAAUUAUUCACAACAGUGCUUGACAUGCUGGGUGUUUUAAUCAAUGGAACACUAGCCUCUGACCUAUCAAAUGCAUCCCCAGGUGGAUCUGAAGAGAACAAACGUGCAUACAUGAAUUUAGUAAAGAAACUGAAAAAAGAGCUAGGAGACAAGCGGUCAGAAAGCAUCGACAAAGUUCGACAGUUGCUACCUUUGCCGAAACAGACAUGUGAUGUCAUCACUUGUGAACCUAUGGGUUCUUUGAUUGACACAAAGGGAAACAAAAUUGCUGGAUUUGACUCUAUAGAUAAAAAACAGGGUCUCCAGGUCUCCACAAAACAGAAGGUGUCUCCUUGGGACUUGUUUGAGGGUCAGAAGAACCCAGCUCCUCUGUCUUGGGCUUGGUUUGGGACUGUCCGAGUGGACCGCAAAGUGAUCAAGUAUGAGGAACAGCAUCACCUCCUUUUGUACCACACACACCCCAUGCCCAAGCCCCGAAGCUACUACCUCGAGCCACUGCCCCUGCCUCCUGAGGAGGAAGAGGAAGAGCCUACAUCUCCUGUUUCUCAGGAACCAGAAAGGAAAUCAGCAGAGCUGUCAGAUCAGGGAAAAACCACAACUGAUGAAGAGAAGAAGACCAAGGGAAGGAAGCGCAAGACGAAGCCAAGCUCACGAGUUGAUGACUAUCCCCAGAGCAACAUAUAUCGAGUGCCUCCCAAUUACUCGCCCAUUUCCUCUCAAAUGAUGCACCAUCCUCAGGCCACCUUGUGGGGUUACAACCUCAUGGGCCAGCCCCAGCAGCCCGGCUUUUUCCUCCAGAACCAAUCUCUUACUCCAGGAGGUUCCAGAUUGGACCCCGCUGGCACCUUUGUUCCAACCAAUACCAAACAAGCUCUGUCCAACAUGCUGCAGCGGCGCUCAGGCGCCAUGAUGCAGCCGCCCUCCCUUCAUGCCAUCACCUCACAGCAGCAGCUGAUCCAGAUGAAGCUUCUGCAGCAGCAGCAGCAGCAGAGGUUCCUCAGGCAAGCCCAGACUCGACCUUUCCAACAGGACUUCUGUAGCUCUGCUGUCUCCCUUCUGGAAGACUUUGACAACAUAAUGGGCCAGCCAGGGGACCAGGCUGCUCUCUUUGCUGCACAAGCUAGACCCUCCCCUCAACUCCCCCAGUAUCCAGGGCUGCAGCAAGCACAGACCAUGCCCCAGGGGUAUACGAUGUAUGGAACACAGAUGCCUUUGCAACAAACAGCACAGCAACAGGCUGGUGGUGUGGUCCUGUCUCCCAGCUACAACUCCAGGGUCUACCCGGCUGCACAUUCCAGCCCUGCGCUAAUGGAGAGACUCAGACAGAUUCAGCAGCAGCCAAGCGGCUAUGUGCAGCAGCAGGCCUCUCCGUACCUGCAGCCCUUGACGAGUUCUCAGAGACUGAACCAUCAGGCUUUACAGCAGAGCCCUCUGGUGGCUGGGGGAAUUGAUGCUGUUCUGCCUUCUGCACAUCCAAACCUCGUGGUGUCCCUGCCUCAGGACCCCAUGAGACCCAGACAGCCACAACCUCGACAGCAGCAGAGACUCCUCCAGAUCCAGCAGCCACCGCAGCCCCCACAGCCUCAGCAGCCUCCCCAGCCCCAGCAGUCCUCACAACCCCAGAAUCAGACCCUUGGUCUCCAAGCAAUGCAGCCCCAGCAGCCCUUGUUUCCCAGGCAAGGCUUGCAGCAGACCCAGCAGCAGCAGCAGACAGCCGCCCUGGUGCGGCAGCUCCAGAAGCAGCUUUCUAGUAAUCAGCCACAGCAAGGAGUGGCUCCCUAUGGACAUUCUUCACACUUCUGAAUCUGGAGGAGAAGACACGCAGUUUUAUGUUUGCACUGAAAAAUAGAAAAUCAAAUUUAAUUUAUUAGUCAUCCUGGAAAUGUCCCUUUGGUCUUUUAGUUCUUUGAUAUUUUCCCAUAUUUUAUGCUAAAUUUCAUACAAAGGUAUUUAAAUGAAAAGUAAAAGAGAAACUGUGGUUUAAUUUUGUCACAUUCAACUUUAAAGUAGGUUUUAAAAGGUGGAUCAUGCAGGCCUAAUCCAAGAAGAAUAUGGUAGCAGACCUUUUGAAAUUGGUGCUUUUUUUCUUUGAUUAUUAUAUUUAGAGAAGAAUGAAUUAUGGUGGGUUUAAAUAUUUAUGUGUUCAUUAAUGGUGAAGUUUUUAUUUUUUAUUUUUCUUAACAUACUGUGGUGAACCAAACUACUGAUUUGAAAGUCAUGUCAGGUCUUGACAGGAACAGGACCCAUUUAUUCUGCAUUCACCUGUGAUGGUGAAAUGAACAUUUAUUUGCAUCACUCUAAUUUGAAAUAUUUGUAACUUCAUAAGCACUUUAUAAACUUUGUUCUUAUUUAUAUAGGACUUUCCUUUUGUUGUGGUCAAAAGGUGCUGAAACAGAUUGUUGCUUAGUACCUAAACUUCUUCAACCAAGGCGUCUGUGAGAACCACCCUAAGAAAUGUGGAAACAUAUUAGAAGUAACUGCACUUGAAUUUGUUAUCAGUGACAAGAUCAUUGGCCAGAGUCUUUGUGAAGGUACAACAUGUAAUCCUAAAGGCCCAGAAGAAUCAUGGAAUUGUUCUAUUUAUUUACUGCCAGUUUUGGCAAAAUGACUCUGUCCAUAAGGUUCUCCAGAACUUUAUGCCAACUUCAGAAAAAAAGAAAAAAAUCCUGCAGCUGCCCUGAGAUUCUACAGUGCUCAAACUGGACAUAGUUUCCAGAGACUCUGGCACUAAAGUCCAGAAGGCUCUGAUUUUCAUAAAAGGUGUAUUUGCUGUUUAUUUUGUAUGGUAAGUAUUUGCUAUUUUGAAUUUAAAUAUUCCUGUGUCAGUCUUGGUUGUGUAUUACAUAUACCGUAUUUAUAAAUUGGUGCAAAAAGCACAAGUAAAGUAAAUUAUACAUCAAAUUUAUUAUAAAGACAUAGUAACUAUUUUAACUUUGUUCAAGUAUGUGGUAAUUUGCUCCUAUUAGAGUAAAAAAAUACAGUAAAUUAUCAGUUUGUGUAACUUAAGAGUAUUCCAUAUAAUAUUUUUUUAGAUUUAGAUGCAUAAAAUUUUGAAUGUGAAAACUGCAGGGCAUUUUAAAACAUGUGGGGGAUAUUUUCCCAUGUUCUGUGUUAAUUCAUUUUCUUUUAUAUAAUUUUACUUGUAAUGUAGUUAGGCAUACUGUGAAUAGAUUUGUCUAUAAUGAGCAAACCAUGUAGAUCUACCUUUUUUGAAAUGUAGCUAGGGCAACUUUAGUAGAUAAUUUCUUUUGCAAAUCAUCAUACAAGUAAUUUAUAUCUCCCUAGGUGAGUUACUCAUUGCAAAGUUUGACUCAUGCAAAUGACCUCAAAUACAUGUCAGGUUACUUUGCUGUGGCAACAUCCAUGUGAACUGCUUUGUACACUGUGAAAAUAUUUCACUCCAGCCUGCUCAUUUUGUGUUUACUCUGGGCUGGAAAAGACUUUGCCAAAACAUUAAAGACUAUUCUUUUCACUAAAUUAAUAUUCUAUCUGCUUUCAGAAAAUGCGUCUUUUAAGUUUCAGCUGUAUAUCAGCAUUUUAUUCUCUCAAGAAUCAUCCUUAUAGUUCAUGAAGUUAAUUUACUUCAAAGUAAUAUGACUCAUUGGCAGAACAACCGAAAAGUGAAUGUUGCGCCUAGUGAACAAGUCAUGUCCUGUCCUUGUUGGUUUCCAGAAUUAUUGGUAUUUAAAAUGCCAUUUUUCAGUUUGAACCACAUAUCUUUUUAGCUCAAUAUUGCGAACAGCAGUAAUACUGUUUCAAGAAUGAGUGUUAUAAUUGCAUAGCAUUUGUAUGCACUUUACAUUUUGCAGGAGUUAAUUUAUUAAUCAUUUUGCACAUAAAAGCUAUGGAAUAUACUUUUGUUGUUUUGUACUUUCUUUUUUUAAGGUGAAGAAGCUAAGUCAUAGCAAAACCUGUAACUCUGAGUUGCUAAGGAAGGCUUAGAAAAACACCUAGAGCUAUUUUUCCCCAGCGCAUUAUAAGGAAAGUAACUGGAAUUUUUAAUAUAUUCAUCAUAUUGCCUCCCACUUAAUUCUCUAUCCUGAGAGGUUUUUUUUGUUUUCUUUUCUAGUGAAUGCAGUAAUUUGCAUUAAAGUGAUCACAAGGCAAAACUUUGUAGCAAUAUCUGGUAAUUUGUUUGGUGAGUUGCAGAGAGGAAAUUUUCUUAGAAUAAAAUGGAGACCCCAGAUCCCCUGAAAGAUAAGACCUUCAAAUCUAUUGGAGUUACACCUAUUGUAAUUCCUGGAUAUAAGAAUCCCUUACACCAGUGGUCAUGAACCUAUGGCGCCCAUGCUACAGUGGGCUGUUGGUUGUCAUUGAAAGCUCUAAGGUUUGCCAUCACUGCCUUAGGAAUAGUACCUGAUUACACUGUAGGCUAUUUCUAAACAGGGUUGCUUUUGUUGUUUCAUUUACCUGUUUUUGGUCCAGAAAUAGAAGGGGAUCACUUUACAAUGAGAAUUCUUUGAUGUCUUGCAGCCAUAGGGUAGUAAGAUUAGUAGCAAUCAGGUCACCUCUCAAGACGGGGCUGGCUGAAAGUUGGUAUGAUGCAAACACAUUGAAAGGAGUUCUCCCUUGUAUCUUAAAUGAUUGACAGGGGCUAAUAGAGCUCUCAGUUUUUGUGAACUGUGCUCUCUGAACAAAAUUAGUUUUUCAUUUAUUUACAAGGCUAUAAUUUUAAAGUAAUAGGUGAGUAUUUGAACAAAUGCUUGAGAAAUUACACUGGAAAGAUCCAGCCUCUAGAAUUAGAAAAGAUGUCUCCAAAAUUGAAUUAGGCAUGUGCAAUAAAUAGUCAAUUACAAAAAGCAGCAUUUUGUAGGGAUAAUCAAAAUUUAAAUACAGUGAAACUUCAUUAUAUGUAAUAGGUCCAGACUCUCCCAAACAUUUGUUCCGUGCAUAAAGAAUUAUUACUUAAUGAAAUGAAUGUUCACAAAGCAAAGAUUUCUCCUCACAAAACUUUCUUUACACACAACUCCCAACCAGGAAUGCCUGAGCUAGAUUUUAAAGUUAUAAAGGAGCUUCACUGUAUUUUUAAAAUGUUUUAAUGGAUAUAUUUAGACAUAAGAUGGAAUCAGCUCCCUUUUCACAUUUUAUGAUGUGUGGCUAAGUCGCUUUUUACAUGUGGAAAAAUUAGUCUGCAUUUAUUUUUAAAUGCAGUUAUUAAAACAUUUUAUAUUCCCCAUCAAUGAAAAUUUUUAAUGUGAACAAAUAAUAAGUCAUAAUCAACAGUUCAGUUUUCGGUAGGUUUUAGGAAAUAUUUUUAAGCCAAUGAUAAACUAUUUAUAAAUCAAGGUGGUAAAUUUACAUAAAGACUGCAAAUUUCAUCUUUUCCACUGUCUCUGUUCUGAGUGCCAUGCUUGUAACAUUGAUAGAAGAUGGAUACUAGGCAACUGGUAGUAAAAGAAAAACAAAUGCCCAUUUGUUACUGAAAAAUUCAGGUGCAUUAUCCAUUUGUUAUUUUAUUGUGGACCAUUUUCUCUUAAUGUUUGUUAUUUGUUGGCAAAAUAAAAGUGCCUUAAGUUAAAAGUUCAUGUUGGGAUCUAUUAAAGAAAUCAGUAUGAGUUCAUAAUGCAUUUAUUUAGAUGUCUUUUUUGCAUGUCCAUUGUAAAUUUAAUAUUGUAAAUGUAUUCAAAUUCAUUUACAUGCCUAUGGCUGCCUUUGCUUAAACUUCUUCCAAAAAAUAAACUGUUCAGAUGUUGACUUUG